AACAACCCUAGUGCAUGCAAUGUCGGAAUGGCGCACGUCUGUGAUCGAGCUGCCAUCGGCGAUGACGAUCGUCGCUGCGAAUUUUGCAGCAAACUAUUCAUACAGAGGAAGAACAUGCUGCAACACAUCAGGAACGUUCACAAAAUGGCCGUGGAUGUCAAGAAAUUGAUGAAAUGCGACGUAUGUGGCACUUCCCUGCCUACAAUGGAGAAGUAUUCGGUGCACCAGAUCGCUGCGCACAACUUCGAGGCUGAUUACGUGCACCUGGUGUUCCGGAACAAUAAGGAAUUUCAUGAAUGGAAAGCAGAAGAAGAGGGUAGCCAAAACUGCUGGUUCAUUUUGCCCAGGGACCCCAAAAAGCUGGCCAGUGGAGAAACAAGCAUCCACUAUUACUGUAAUAGAUCAGGCGAGGCAAGGAAAAAGGAAGGUCAUAGUGACCGUCGGGAGAAAAGUCAGGGGAGCUGUAGGUCUGGUAAGAUAUGUCUUUCAUUUAUUACCGUCACAAUUACCGUCCGACACCUGAAGGCACCACCAUAAAAGUCAGGUAUCAAAGAAACCAUUACGGUCAUAAACCAGAAAUUCAGCACUUGAGAAUGAGUGACAAGGAAAAGGCCAGCGUAGCAGAGAACCUAGAAAGGGGUGUACCCAUGAAAACCAUUCUAAAGCGAGUAAGAACGUCUGUGGCAUCCAAGCUGAGGCCCGUGCACUUGGCAGAGUGCUCAACCCUGCAUAACAUCAAACAGCAGUUUAACAUUGCUGCUCCUGAACAUUGUCACACUAAUGACGCUAUCAGUGUAGACAUGUGGGUGCUUGUGAUGAAAGAAAAAGGUGAAACACUUGUCCGCCUGUACAAGGCACAAGGUGCAGUGGACCCAAGUGGUACAUUUCCUUCAGCAGACUUUGCUCUUGUUCUGAUGACAGAGUCUCAGAAGGAGCUACUAGAAAAAUUGGGCCCUGCAGGUACUGUAUGUCUUGACUCCACACAUGGAACUACAGAGUACCAGUUUGAGCUGACCACUCUUCUGGUGCUAGAUAAAAUAGGAUCAGGUGUAGCUAUAGCUUAUUUCAUCUGCAACCGGAUGAACGAGCAAACUUUGACAGCAUUCUUCAAAUAUCUGGAGUCGGCCAUGGCCAAAAAAGUGGCUGCUAAGACAUUGAUAUCUGAUGAUGCGUCGCAAUUCUACAAAGCAUGGUCCAUGGUCAUGGGUGCCGCAAAACAGAAACUUCUCAGUGCCUGGUAUGUGGAUAACAAUUGCCGUAAGAAGAUACUCGAGUGUGUAGAGAAACAGCUAAGGCCACAUGUUUACCAUAGUGUGUGGCUACUCUUAGAGUUCCUUGCGGAAAAGGCAUUUGAAGAUUAUUUUAAGCAAUUCCUUUCUAGUGAGGAAGAAAAACUGAGGGACUUCCUGAAGUACUUCAAUGACCACUAUGCAGUUAGGCCGCAAGAGUGGGCCUAUUGCUUUAGGACUAGAGCAGCUGUCAACACUAACAUGCACCUUGAGAGCAAGCGCAGGACGUUAAAGCAUACUAUGCUGGAGAGAAAACAGAAUAAGCAUGGUGACAAACUUAUUUCUGCCCUCAUGGACUUGACAAAUCAUUUUUUAAUGAAAAGGGCUAUCCAGAUGAUGAAAGGGGCAAAGGGUAAGAAGCUGAGCAGAAUUCAGAAGAACCACAGGUCUGGCAGUGAAAUGGCAGCUUGAGCCAAAUUAAAUGAAGAUGGCUGUGCCAAAUUAAAUGAAGAUGGCAUAUAGACUGUGCCAUCUCAGUCUAUUAAAGGGCUCUCAUAUAAAGUGUCAAAAGUGGGAGAUGGUGCUUGCUGUCCUUUGAGGUGUAAGGAAUGUGCAGUGUGUGUGCAUACUUACAUGUGCACUUGCUAUGACCAUCUUAUACACUUUACAGUGUGCAAGCACAUUCACUGUGUGGUCAUCGCUAAUCCAACUAGCAGCAACAAGGCCCAUGAGAGUUCACCCGAAGAAGCAUGUGAG